GGUGAGCGUGUUGACGUCAUAUCGCUUAAACUUUCACUUUCAGCUCUUUCCAACUGUGGCCUCAUUUUUUAAGCCAGACACUACAUACCCUGUUUUUUUAAAAACAACAUUACUUGACACGUUUCUCUCGGGUCACAACAGAAGCAGCUUGGAUGUCCUCUCGUUUCUGACAGUUUAACCGAUGAACAGGAAGAUGUGGCCGCCUGUAGCGUCCAUGAUGCUGCUUGGGUGGUUGUGUUGUGUUUGGCUGGCCGCUGUGUCCGCAGACUCCGAGCCUAAACUCUACAUGAAGGUGGGAGAUGAAGUUGUCCUCAAACCGGAUGAUGCCUCUGUGCCUGGCACCAUCGAGAGCAUACUGUGGAAACACGGUGGUAACAUUGCCGCUGAGUUGGAUGAUACAGGCAUUGAACUUUUUCGUCAGUUCAAAGAUCGUGUUAGACUGAACAUUUCAACUGGAGAGAUGACAAUCACUGGACUGACUGGAAAUGACAGUGGAGUUUACACAGCAGAAAUCAAUAACAUUCUGAUAUCCAGGAAAACUCAUCUCAUCGUCCUCUCUCCCGUCCCUGUACCUACUGUUAAUAUAUCCUGUGAUGAUGAGAAGACCAGCUGUAUUUUGUCCUGUGAUGGAAACACCACAGGCGCUGGAGAAAUCAACUACACGUGGAAGUCAGAUGGCAAAGAGUCAGCUUCAUCCAAGAACAAAAACAUUACAAAGGACAGUUCAAGUAUAAAGGAGUUCAGCUGUAAGCUGGAGAAUCGCGUCAGUCAGGAGAGCAGCCAGCCCGUCACCAACCCUUUGUUUACAAGUCGAAAUAACCGUUCAGAACAAGGAGGAGGUCUGAAAAUUUCCACAGGAGUCACAGUAUUCAUCUCUUUGCUGGCAGCUCUACUGAUGCUGGUUUUCAUUCACAGGUGUAAAGCAGGAAUGUGGUUCUUCCAAAAAGAUGCGAUGCCAUGGGAAGCAGACUUCUGGAGGAAGAAUGAGUGCCAACAUGCUGAUUCUAAUGGCACCACUCGUUGUUCGGAGAAGGAACUAACAGAAGAGGAAACACCAAUGACAUAGCAAGCAACAACACCAAAAAACGGCAAGUCCAGACCCGACAUGUGUAAAACAAGACCAAGAAGAUCCAGAGUGAAGCUAAAAUGUUUCACAAAAUCUUCAAAGUCCACAAAGUCUUUACACUACACAUAUUACUGAAAAUCCAUUAACAGCAGUGUCCGCUCUAAUACUUCAAAUUUAAAAUUAAUAAUACGGCAAGAAGGGAGAGUGAAAUAAUCCUAAAGCAACUUUAAAACAAAUAGUUUAUAAAAAAAUUUUAUGGCGUUUGAAGCCACAAAACUAUCAAGACACUUUUAACAUUUUAAAUACACUAAGAAUGGAAAUAUUGUAGUUAUUUAGAAUGACAAAAUGGCCCACAAUAUAAUAAAAGCACUGAUAAAGAGAAAAGCUUGAGACAGAGCUCAUAUCGUCCUGAGGUUGGUUUCCAGAUUUUCCACAGUUACUGAUGGGCCUCAACGUUUAGACAUUUAGACGUUUAGAGUGCCUUUUCCUGUGAUUGCAAGCCUACCUGACACCAACUGUUACCUCGAGCUCAAUAAACUUCCCCCUCCGCCUGAGGAUGAUUUGUGAUUUGAGGCUGGUCUGCCACCUCACAGUGUUGGAGAAGAGCUUAAACUGUGCAGGUAGGAAGUGGAUUGUUACCAGGGCAGGAAAAAUGGACGUGAUUGUCUGGUUUGAGCUGCUGCCCCAACCAAAAAAGAAGCAACAACUACUCUCUGUGCGCGCGUGUGUGCUAAAUACUGGGAGCUGGCAAGAUCGAAUAAAGUCAAUCAUGUCAUGUUAUUUUUACUUUGUUGUUUUAUGAAUGUAUAGUAUUUGUGAAACUCUUUAACAUACAAAGCAGAUCUACCUAACUGAAAGCAUAAGUCAACAAUGCGUUUUGGCACCAACAUCUUUGAACUAUAAAACAUCACACUUUUUUUUUUCCCCUCAACAAAAAGAACUGACUUAUUCACUCCGUUAGCUUUGUAUUGUUGUGUAUGAGGAUGUAAAGAAUGUAGAUUAGUGUUUUUAUAUGGGUUUUAUUUAAUAAAACCAACUGAAUAUCAA